GCAGCUGUGGGGCUCAGAAGUUUUGGAGCUGCUGUGGACUUUGUCCCCUCUUGACAAGGUGCCAAGGAGGCCAAGCAAGUGCCUGAAUAUAUAUAGCCCGAGUCUGCAUUCUUGUGUCUGAGAGGCACUACUGGAUACACACAGUCAAGGACCACGGGUCACCAGCAAACCCACCAGAGGAAGAUUCUGUGCUUGGAAAACAACCAUGAGUAGAAGAAGUUUUUUGAGAAACAUCUUCGGUGGUGCGAAGCAUCUGGCCACCUCCCCAGAUGCCAGACAAUUCAUUGGGAAAGUCACUGAUUUUCUUGUGGACCAACUGGGCCCAGAGUAUGCCAGCCUCCUGGUGACUGAAGACCAAAUCUGGGAGGUGUUUGUGGCUGAGGCUGGACUGUCCAGGGAGGAGGCAGGGGCAAUGAGAGAGGAUCUGAAGAACGUUACAGCAGACAUGAUCUGGAAAGACCAGCAGGAUAAGAAGAUCUUCUUGCAGAAGUUUCCUCAGGUGAAAACAGAGGUUGAGGGGUACAUCAGGAGGCUCCGCGCCCUUGCAGAUGAGGUCAGCAGGGUGCACAGGAACUGUACCAUCUCCCACGUGGUGGCCGACUCCACCGGUGUUGCCUCAAGACUCAUGACCCUCGGCGGUCUCGCUCUGGCACCAUGCACCGCAGGACUCAGUCUGGGGCUGUCUGCAGGUGGGAUUGGGCUGGGAGCAGCAGCUUCUGUGACCAGUGCUGCCACUAGCAUUGUAGAAGGAAAAAACAUGUCUUCGGCCAAAGAUGAAGUCACAAAGCUAUUGUCCGUAAGCACGGAGAGGUUGAAAGAGUUAUCAGAGAUGGCGGGUAGUUUAUCACUCAAAGCCGUGUUGGCAUCUGAUGAGUUCAUCCAGUGCCUGAGAGAGCUGGGGAAACAUGUCCGUGCCUUCAGACAGGCCAGAGCCAACCCUCAGGUUCUGCGACAGGCGAGGGGCCUAAUGAACACUUGGAGAUCUUCGAGAGGCUUUGAGAGUGUGGAGAGAGCCUUCGGUGGCACUGCACUGGCGAUGACCAGAGGAGCCCGAAUCUUGGGGGCCGUCCCCACUGGUGUCUUCCUUGGGAUGGAUGUGGUCAGCCUCGUGCAAGAUUCACAGCAUUUGUCUAAGGGAGCAGAGUCAGAGUUGGCCACAGAGCUGCACCGGGUGGCCCAGGAGCUGGAGAGCAAGUUGGAGUUGCUUGUCAAGAUCCACAGGAAAUUGUCAUCAGGCCAGGCUCGGUGAGGUGACCCCCACCUUCUCAAGCAGUGCAGAGGUUAGCGGAGACCAGUGGAGCAGAAGUGUGGGCAAAUAUUGCAAUGUGUUUGAAGAUGAGUCUAUGCAGUGAGGUGGAAAUGAAUUAAGGAUUUGUGGGAAUAGCCACGAGAAGAAGGUCAGGAAAUUGAAGAGCUGAAGGAGAGAAAGCCAGAGCUGGAAGUUGUUAGAAUAAGGAGAAAGAGAUGGGGUCCCCACGGUCUGAUGUCCCAGCAAGAAUAAAGUCUUUCUCUGGUUUCUCCA